GUUUGUUGGUGGUUGUACACUCAAGUCUUGGCAUCACCGUCUCAUGGGACGGUCGGCACAUGGCUGAAGUGUCAGCUGACGUGUCAUGGAAGGGUCAACUGUGCGGAUUAUGUGGAGAUUAUAACAACGAUCCAAGUGAUGAUUUCAGGAGUAGCAAUGGAACGUUAAUGUCGACAGCAUCCGAUUAUGGUAACACAUUCCUUGUCGGGGAAUUCCCAGAAUGUUCUUGUCGUGAAGGCAACGAGUUGGAGCCAUGCAUCAAAGCUGGAGGUGACCUGGAGGUCAGAGCUCGUACUCAGUGCAGUAUUUUAAAGGGUGAUGUAUUCAAACCAGCCCAUGUAAUUGUAGAUCCAAAUCCAUACUUCAGUGCUUGCCUGUACGAUGUAUGUGCUUGUCCUGCAAACGAGAAAUGUCUGUGUGAUAUUUUAGGCAUGUACGCACACGAGGCACGCAAGAAGGGUGUUGUGAUAAACUGGAGGUCUACUGAUUUGUGUAGUAAGUAUUUUGUAAAUUUUUUUUUUGGUAUAGUUUUGACAAAUCAAAAGAUGAAGAUAUUAGAAAAA